GCUUCAUCAUCACUAGUCAGUCACACCAUACUAUACAAUAUAAUAGAGAUGGUUCCAGACAAGAAGAUCGUAGAAGAUGUCUCUGGCUGGCUCAGACUCUACGACGAUGGCUCUGUCGACCGUACAUGGACAGGUCCACCAGAGGUCAAAUUCAUGGCCGACUCCGUCCCACCUCAUGAUCAAUACAUCGACGGAGUUGCCACUAGAGACGUCAUAGCCGAUCCAAACUCGGGUCUUCGACUCAGAAUCUAUCUUCCAGAGAAGACACCCGAAGAAGAAACUGCUAAACUACCUCUCUUACUUCACUUCCAUGGCGGCGGCUUUUGCAUCAGCCAAGCCGAUUGGUUCUUGUACUAUGCAUUCUACACUCGAUUCGCACGCCAAGCCCGAGCAAUCAUCGUCUCAGUCUACCUCCGAAGAGCUCCGGAGCACCGUCUUCCAGCCGCGGCCGACGACGCUUUCUCCGCACUCCUCUGGCUCAGCUCCCAGGCAAAAUCUUGCACGGAGCCGUGGCUCGAGGGAGCCGAUUUCAACAGGGUUUUUCUAAUUGGAGACAGCUCUGGUGGGAAUUUAGUUCAAGAGACGGCUGUCCGGGCAGGAAAGGAGGAUCUGAGGCCGCUUCGGGUUGCAGGAGCGAUCCCGAUCCAGCCAGGAUUCGUUCGGCCCGAGCGGAGCCGGUCGGAGAUGGAGCAGCCUGAAACUCCUUUCCUUACGUUAGAGAUGUUGGACAAGUUCAUAGCAUUGGCUUUACCGGUGGGAUCGACGAAGGAGCACCCGAUGACGUGUCCGAUGGGGCCUGCAGCGCCACCUUUGGAGGAGCUGAAGCUGCCACCGAUGCUGCUGUGCCUUGCGGAUAAGGAUAUGCUUUUAGAAACGGAGAUGGAGUUCUACGAGGCUGUGAAGAAAGCGAAUAAGGAGAUUGAGAUUGUGAUGAGCUGUGGGAUGAGUCACAUCUUCUAUCUCAACAAGAUCGCAGUGGAUAGUGACCCCGCCACGGCUGCCCAGACUGAGGCCUUCUUGGCCGGGGUCAUAGAAUUUAUCAGGAAGCAUUGAUAUUACAUUAAUGAUAAUAAGAGCAUGUUUGGUAUUGUUUUCUGUUUUUUGUUUUAAAAAAUUAUUUUUAGAAAUGAGAACAAAAAAAUAGUUUUUGAAGUUUUUAAAACACAAGUCACGUUUGGUUAGUGAUUUUUAAAAAUAAUAUUGACCAAAAGUGAAUUGGUUUUUAAAACAGAAAACAACAUUUUGUUGUUUUCAAAAUUAUUGUUUUUUGUAACUUUGUUUUUUGAAAACUGUUUUUAAAAAACAAUGCCAAACAAGCUAAAUUGUUUUUAAAAAUAAUUUUCUGUUUUUAAAAACAAAAAAUAGUAUUUUUAGUUAUGAUGCCAAAGAUAUAUUUACUUUCUUAUCAAGGAAGUAAGUACGUUUAUCAAUAAGGAAGUAAGUACGUUGCGGGCCUAGCUACGUACUGUGUUUUUUCUGUUUAUUUUGAUUGCAAUUGUACGUGUUGAUACUGAUUAUAUAUUAUAUAUAUGUAUAUAUUGCCCAUAUAUAUUAUAUAUUAAAUGUAUCUGUCGUUUAAUUAAUUAAGUGAUAAUAAAAUAUUGUAUAUUGUGUGAACAA